UUCCACCUUAUUCACUGAUCUCUAUUUCUAUAAAAAGUGAUUUGCUUUUCUCUGCAAACGUGGAUGAGAAUUCAUCAGUGUAUAGGUAAAAGAAGGGAAUUGGAGCAACGUAAGUAAAGUAAAAAUAAAUCCUUCAGCUAAAUUAGAAUUUCAUUUUGUGCCAUCCUUGCAUGUCGUGCUUGCUUUUUCAAUUCUAUACACUUAUUGUACUUGUGCGUUCUCGUUGCAACGGAGUUAUAUUCAGUUUUACUAUUUAAGAAAUGAAAAAAAAGUCGCGCGUUUUUUAACGCACGUGAAUUGUAGUGUGUUUUGGGCUCUGAAAUGUUAAAUUACGUGCGUUGUGGUAUACAUAUUUUCAUAUACUGUUGUUGUAAAUGCAUUGAAAACUGAGACUAAAUUGUACUGUAACACAAGAACCAAAUUGUGCCGCAUACUGAGUCGAAUGUUUUUAGUCUUAAUUUUUCUUUUUUUUUCAGCUGUUACCAAGAAUUUACAUACAACUCUUCGUUAUUGCUAGCGAAUGUUUUUUACGUGAGUACAAUAUGAACAAAAAUAGACUGAUUGUUUAAAGCAACGAACGGUUUGUAGUAUUUAUCCACUGACGGUUAACCAUUUUCUUUCUUUGCUAAAUUCUUCGAUUACUUAUUACACGACGUGAAUUCUAAAUUGUACGGCAAAAUUUAAUCGUGAGCUCAAAGUUGGUAUUGUUAAAUGGCUUGGAUCUGAACUUAGUGAAACUGAAUUAUUUUCGUUGCUUUACUUGAUUUUCGUAAAUGUAUCGGCAACAUUAACAUUUAGACAAACGCAAAGCUUGUUUGAAUUCAUACGCUAGUUUUACUACUAUAUUUUACUCAUUGGAGUUUGAAUAUCCAUAGAAUUGUUAAAUAUUGAAACAAAUAUCAAAUGUUCGAGGUGACCGCAAACCCUGAUUUCAAUUCAUUUUGAACUCUCUAUUCCCAGUUUUUAGCUUUCAUUAAACAUUUCUUAAGAAAAUCCAGGCUCCUUGGUUCCUGGUUUUGUUUUUUACCUAUUUCCAUUAAAACUUCUGGUCAUUACUUUCGUGUUUGUUUCAAUUUGUUUACAGAAUUCCUUCGAACUCAAAUCCUGUAUUUAAAUGAGAGUUGAGCUACAGAAAUGUAAUUCAUAUUGGAAUUGGAUCAAGACAAAAUUGUUUUAUAUUACAACGUAAAGAAAGCAGAAUUUCCUAACAUUGUGUUAUUUGCAGACCUCCCGCUUUUAUGCUGUAGUAGGCAACUGCUGUGGAAUCCCCAGACAAUUUACUCCUUUAUUCGUUCGAGAACUUAUUAUUAUUUCCCUUUACCUGCCUUAUUCCUUUUCUAACAGUUAUUUCGACUGUAUUUGUUAUCUACAUUUUACAACAAUUUAUACUAUAACUGUCUGUCUAACAUAAGUGUUGCAUUUACACUUUGAAGACUUUCGUAAGAAAUUCAGUCGAUCUUUUAAAUUAGAGUUGGUUGAACAGAUUUUGAAGUAAAACUGAACAUUUUGCUUUCAUGAAUAGAAAAACAUGUUCUAAUUUGACGUCAAAUUAGUUCAUACAUAUUCUAGAAGUGAUCAAAAAUUGCUCCAUGCUUUAUUUGAAUGCAAGAAAGAAAUUGUGUUGAUCAAAAUUUUGAUGACUUUCUUUCCACGUUGAGUCAAAUCAACUUUUAAUUUACGAUUUCUGCCGAAUAUUCAAUGCAAACUUGCUCCAAUUGAUUGACUGAUUAUGAAGAAAGACAUUUACAAGAAAUGCUGUCUCUGCCCUUCCAGAGAGGGGGCUCUGAAACCAACAGACACAGGAGGUUGGGCCCACGUAGUCUGUGCCCUGUACAUCCAAGAAGUCAGUUUUGGAGAUAUGGCUGCUUUGGAGCCAAUCAUAGUAACAAAUGUCCCAAAAGAAAGAUUCAAACAGACGUGUUCGAUAUGCACAGAGAGACAACAGAAUCAUUUAGCAGGCCAAGGUGCGUGUAUGUCAUGUGCCAAAGUGGGAUGUAAAUCUGCAUUUCACGUGACCUGUGCCCAGGAAAAAGGCUUCCUAUUCGAGGAGUUUGUAAACAACAACAACAACAGUCUGUCUCCAGGAAAUGCCAACGGAGAAAAUAAUGAGAGUAACAGUAGCUCUAAUGUCGCGUACAGAGGAUAUUGCGCUGUUCAUAUUACGAAGCUGGUGAGUUUUUAA